AUGGCCGACAAGUACCUCCUCCGCGUCACGGCGGGGCCGGGCUACGACACGGCCGGGCACGUCGAGGUGCCGGUCAACACCGCCGAUCCGGUGACCAUAAGCAGCGACCUCAUCGACGCCCAGCUCCGCGUCCGCAUCCAGAACUACCGCGGCCUCCCCCACGGCUCGCCGUCCACGUCGCCGUACUUCUCCGCCGAGCCCCACGCCUCCAACGACGACCAGUACAGCAUCGCUUUCCGGUUCACCCUCAAACCGCCAUCCCCGACAGCACGGGGGCCGGCGACGCCAACAGCCACCGCCCCGGACGACGCCAAGGCCGGCGUCUCGGGCCGCGACCUGCAGUUCGGCAACGACCUCGACCGCCCGAUCCGCGAGCGCCUCCCGCCGGGGUUCAACACGGCGCUCAACAUUGUGCGCUGGUGGGUCGACCCCGGGCUAGAGGGGGACGCGUACGCGGACCGGCCGCACCUGUACGGCCCGGCGUUGUCGUCGCUUAAUGUCUUGCACGUCGGCGGAGGCGGGGAGGAGGUGGAGAGGGAGGGCGGUGAUGGGGAUGGGAUGGAGGAGAGGAGGGCGGUGGGGAUGCCGGGGGGUGCGAGGGAGAGGAUGAAGUGGGCGCUUGGGAAGGGGGCGAGGGAUGGGUGGGUUUGGAGGUUUGGGAGGGAGUAUGCGGUUGAUUUCUUUAAUCCGUACUUGGACUUCAAUGAGUUUGCGGUCCGGUUGCCGGGGUUCCAUUUGCGGGUUUUGAGGUAUUGGGAUGGGCAGGGGUUGAGAUAUGUCCUGCGGAACCGGUCGACGGGCCAGGUCUACCUCGUCAUCCUGUUUUCCCUGCACCGGAAGGAGGAUGUCAACGAGGACGGCUCGAUCAAGCCUGCUGCCCUGGAAGCUGCCGCGAAGGCUGCCGGGACUGAGGACGGUACUACGGAGGAUCACGGCGAUGAAGAACCCUUUGACGAAGAGAAGGUAUUAGACUUUGCGCGGAGAAAGCUCUCAGGGGUGGGCUUGGAGGAGGGCAUCGAGACUAGUCAGGAUGAUGUAGAUUGA